CCUCCUCCUUCCCAAUCCUAGCUGCCCACCAUGUCCGUGCAGACCGUCUCCUUCCAAUCCUUCGCUGACCAGAAGCCCGGAACCUCCGGUCUUCGUAAGAAGGUCAAAGUCUUCCAGCAGCCCCAUUACUCCGAAUCCUUUAUCACCAGUAUCCUCCUCUCCAUCCCCGAAGGUGCCAAGGACUCUUUCCUCGUCAUUGGUGGCGAUGGCCGCUUCUACAAUCCGGAAGCCAUCCAGAAGAUCGCAAAGAUCAGUGCCGCCUAUGGUGUCAAGAAGCUCCUGGUUGGCCAGAACGGCAUCAUGAGUACUCCUGCUGCCAGUAACCUGAUUCGUGUGCGGAAGGCCACCGGUGGCAUUCUGCUGACCGCCAGUCAUAACCCCGGUGGUCCCAAUGCCGACUUUGGUAUCAAGUACAACCUGGCCAAUGGUGCCCCCGCUCCUGAGACUGUUACCAACAAGAUCUUCGAGACCUCCAAGACCCUCACCUCCUAUAACUAUGUCGACAUCCCGGAGAUUGAUCUUUCCAGCAUUGGCUCCAAGACCUACGGCUCAUUGGAGGUCGAGGUUGUCCACUCGACCACCGAUUACGUUAAGAUGAUGAAGGAGAUCUUCGACUUCGACCUGAUUAAGGAGUUCCUGGAUACCCACAAGGACUUCAAGGUUUUGUUCGACGGCAUGCACGGUGUCACCGGCCCCUACGGUGUCGAUAUCUUCGUCAACGAGCUCGGUCUGCCCAGCAGCAGCACUAUGAACUGUGUCCCCAGCCCCGACUUCAACGGUGGUCACCCUGACCCUAACCUAGUCUACGCUCAUGAACUGGUUGAGGCUGUGGACAAGAAUGGCAUCCACUUCGGUGCGGCCAGUGACGGUGACGGUGACCGUAACAUGAUCUACGGUGCUAACACCUUCGUGUCCCCCGGUGACAGCUUGGCCAUCAUCUCUCACCACGCCAAGUUGAUUCCCUACUUCCAAAAGCAGGGUGUUUACGGUCUGGCCCGUUCUAUGCCUACCUCCGGUGCCGUCGACCUGGUCGCCAAGGCACAGGGUCUGCAGAGCUACGAGGUGCCUACCGGCUGGAAGUUCUUCUGCAACCUGUUCGACAACAAGAAGAUCUCGAUCUGCGGAGAGGAGAGCUUCGGUACGGGUAGCAACCACAUCCGUGAGAAGGAUGGUCUGUGGGCCAUCGUCGCCUGGUUGAACAUCAUUGCUGGUGUGGCCAAGGAGAAGCCGGACCAGACUCCCAGCAUCGCCUCCAUCCAGAAUGAGUUCUGGCAGACCUACGGCCGUACCUUCUUCACCCGUUACGACUACGAAAACGUCGACAGCGACGGUGCCAACAAGGUCAUUGCUAUCCUGUCUGACAAGGUCGCCAACAAGGACGGCUUCAUCGGUUCUACCGUGUCCGGCCGCAAGGUCACCGAUGUGGGUAACUUCUCCUACACCGAUCUAGAUGGCAGUGUGUCCAAGAACCAGGGCCUGUAUGCCAAGUUUGACGAUGGUAGCCGCAUUGUCGUCCGUUUGUCCGGUACCGGCAGCAGUGGUGCCACGAUCCGUCUCUACAUUGAGAAGUACGAGAGCGACAAGAGCAAGUUCGGCCUGACUGCAUCCGAGUACCUGAAGGACAAUGUUGAUCUGGCCCUGUCGCUGCUCAACUUCAAGGAGUUCAUUGGCCGCGAGGAACCUGACGUCCGCACUUAAAGUGUCUACGAAUUGAUGUUUUGUAAAUAUGGUGCCACAAGCGUGUAUGGCACUGACUUUUUUAUGAUGGAAAGAAAUAAAUCCCGUCCAUGGGCAGAGAGUCACAUAAGAUAGUUAAU